GUGGGUUUUGGGCAGUGACAGUCAGAGAGAGAGAGAGAGAGAGACUUCCGGUCCGCCCAGCUCCGACACAGCUCACACACACACACACACACACUCCUGAUCAUGGCUGCCGCGGAUGUAGACGUGUUUUCCGAGGAGCAGAAGCGCAGUCUGAGUUUGGGUGGACAUGUCGGCUUCGACAGUCUCCCUGAUCAGCUGGUCAGCAAGUCUGUGUCUCAGGGCUUCUGCUUCAACAUCCUGUGUGUUGGGGAGACGGGCAUCGGCAAGUCCACGCUGAUGAACACGCUCUUCAACACCAUGUUUGAGAACGAAGAAGCCAGCCAUUACCAGAACGGUGUGUACCUGCGCCCACGGACAUACGACCUGCAGGAGAGCAACGUCCACCUCAAGCUCACCAUCGUGGACACCGUCGGCUUCGGGGACCAGAUCAACAAAGAGGAGAGCUACAAACCCAUCGUUGAUUACAUCGACACGCAGUUUGAGAACUACCUGCAGGAGGAGCUGAAGAUCAAACGCUCGCUGUUUAACUACCAUGACACGCGCAUCCACAUCUGCCUUUACUUCAUCUCUCCCACAGGACACUCGCUCAAGUCUCUGGAUCUGGUCACCAUGAAGAAGCUGGACAGUAAGGUGAACAUCAUUCCUAUUAUCGCGAAAGCUGACACGAUCUCCAAGAGUGAGCUUCACAAGUUUAAGAUUAAGAUCAUGAGCGAGCUGGUGAGCAACGGCGUGCAGAUCUACCAGUUCCCCACCGACGACGACACCGUGUCCGAGAUCAACUCCUCCAUGAACGCUCAUCUACCAUUCGCAGUAGUGGGGAGUGUGGAGGAGAUUAAAGUGGGGAAUAAGACGGUCCGAGCCAGACAGUACCCCUGGGGCAUCGUCCAAGUGGAGAACGAGUCUCACUGUGACUUUGUGAAGCUGAGGGAGAUGCUGAUCCGUGUGAACAUGGAGGACCUGCGGGAGCAGACACACACUCGGCACUACGAGCUCUACAGACGCUGCAAGCUGGAGGAGAUGGGCUUCAAAGACACUGACCCAGACAGCCAGCCGUUCAGUCUACAGGAGACCUAUGAGGCCAAGAGGAAAGAGUUCCUGGGAGAUCUGCAGCGUAAAGAAGAGGAGAUGAGGCAGAUGUUUGUUAACAAAGUGAAGGAGACGGAGGCGGAGCUAAAGGACAAGGAGAGAGAGCUUCAUGAGAAGUUCGAGCAGCUGAAGCGCAUGCACCAGGAGGAGAAGAGGAAGGUGGAGGAGAAGAGGAGGGAUCUGGAGGAGGAGAUGAACGCCUUCAACAGGAGGAAGGUCGCAGCCGAGACGCUGUCGCUCUCACAGCCGCUCAAGAAGGACAAGGACAAGAAGAAUUGAUUUGAUCUCGAGGCCGAUGCUGGGCGUGUCCUUCGUCCUCCGUCCUUACAGUGACAUCACCGCUCGCUUUAGGUUUUAUUCCUACUGUUUUCUCCUUAGUGACAUUUUUAUAAACGGACCAAAGACACACCCGGGACCUCGGACACACAGUCUGAUCCAUCUGAUCACGAGGAUCCACUUUCCAUUUGAGUUGCCAACAUUUUUUAUCUUUUGGCUGUAGGACCAUUCUGAUUAUAUUCUUUUUUUAUUUUUAUCAUACUCAUGUAUUUGUAUUUCCCCCUUUAUUAUUAUUAUUAUUAUUAUUAUUAUUAUUAUUAUUAUUGCUUAACGUUUGUCUCAUUAUGAUUCAUUUGUUACUGAAGAGAACGAGACAGUCAAUGGACUUUGAUGUUUAAAAUGUUUUAUAGCUACAUGCUGUGUGUGUGUGUGUGUGUGUGUGUGUGUGUGUGUGUGUGUGUGUGUGUGUGUGUGUGUUCUCCCUCCUAUAACAUGUUGUAAUUUACACCAGCCGAGCCCGACAUCACAGCAAUAAUAAUAAGAAUAAAAGAGUUGAACAUUUAUUCAGCCAAAUUUUACCUAAAGAUUAAUUUGUAUCAUCAGUAUUGUGUGUGUGUGUGUGUGUGUGUGUGUGUGUAAGAGCCCUACACUUGUAGCUGUGUUAUUAUUAAAAUUAUGUAUACAAAGUUGAUACGUAAUUGUGUUUUGCAGAAUGCAGAUGAUGUAAUAAUAAUCAGGAAAAAAUGGUGUGUGUGUGUGUGUGUGUGUGUGUGUGUGAGAGAGAGAGAGAUGCACCGUGGAUCUGAGGUAAUGUGACUUCAGACGUGUUUAUUUGAAGCCCAUGUAUUCUCAGUUAUAUAAUAAACACAGACACGUUUAACACUU